UCGAUUAAUGUAAUGAAAACAACCGUCCGUCCUUUGGUCCGAAACUUUGUCCAGAGCAUAACUCCAAAUCGAUUCUAUCGAUUUACUUGAAACUUAGAAUAUAAACAGAGGGCAACCAGGAGAAGUGCAGUGACCAAGAACCGUAACUCUACCUACCUUAGUUUUUGAAUUAUCUCCCCUUUCAUAUAAUUUCAUAGUACAUUUUUGUCCAGAGCAUAACUCUAAAUCUACUGAAGGGAUUUACUUGAAACUUAAAAUAUCAACAGAUGGCAACUAGAAGAGGUGUAGUGACCAAGAACCAUAACGUUAUCUACCUUAGUUUUUGAAUUAUCUCCCCUUUUAUAUAAUUUCAAAGUAAAUUAAUGUCCGGAGCAUAACUCUAAAUCUACUGAAGGGAUUUACUUGAAACUUUAAAUAUAAACAGAUGGCAUGUAAGAGAAGUGCAGUGACUAAGAACCAUAACUCUAUUUAGCUUAGAUUUUUUAAUUAUCUCCCUUUAUUUAAUUUCAAAGUCAAUUUUUGUCCGGAUCAUAACUCUAAAUCUACUGAAGAGAUUUUCUUGAAACCAGAAAUAUAAACAGAUGGCAACUAGGAGAAGUGCAGUGAACAUGAACCAAAACUUUUUCGGUUGUAGUUUUUUAAUUAUAUACCUGUAUUUACUUAUUUGACUUUUUAGAUAUAUUUCUUAUCUUUUAUUUUAAAUUAUCUUUAAUUUAAUUUCAUAGUAAAUAUUUGGCUUUCCAAUUUUAAUAUCUCCCUUUAUCUAAUUUUACAAUAAUAUUUUGAUUUGAACACUGAAGUAUUCACUGUAAAAUGAAUAGAUGAGUUUAAGGAAAAAUACAGUGAUCAAGAACAGUACCUGUUUAUAGUCCUCUUUUAAAUUAACUCCCUUUCUUUCAUUUCCAUAUAUUUAUUUUUCUACAGCAUAACUCCAACACUAUGUAAUUAAUUGAUCCUUGAAAUAUAAAUAGAUGACACAGGUGCCAUUUUUUACAAAUAUUAUUCUACUCUCUUUAACAAAUGUUUUCAUACAAGCAUACACCUUUCGGCGGGGAUUUUGCACUACUAUGACAAGCUCUUGUUAUAUAUUUUUUUAAUUAACAUGUCCAAUCAACUGUUAUAAUGCUAAGCUACAGUGUGACCGUGAGCUACGAGAUUAAGACGACCUGUGGAACCAAAUAGGAAAUCCCCGUGGACAAUGCAGGCAUGGACUGUUCCAUUGUGCAAUGCAUGGAGAAUUCUGUCGAUUCUGAGGAAUCUGUCAAGAUGAGCUGCCCAUCCUGUCCAGACAGGGAUAUCUCUAUUGCUGAAAUGACUGAACUAGUCUGUGAGCGGAACAUUUCAUCAGUGCUCAAGGCAGUCGUAGGCAGAGAGGGAAUAUAUCCUAUUAAAAUCAUGGCAGACUUGAGGCCCAAGAAAAAGAUAAUUCUGGAUUCGUUUGUUAAGUACCAACUUGGAUCAGACUGUUCAUGUCCUAUUCUGCAAAUGAAAGAAAGCAAUGCACUGAUUUUCCGUGAAAAAGGUUACAAUAAAGAGGAUAUCGAUUUCUCGGCUCAAGAUACAGUACUUCCUUUCUCGGAGAAAUUGGAAAAUAACGUUCGAAACCUGGCAUCAAGGGAACACCUGUGUGCAAAGCUAGAUCGGUUAAGACGUUCCAAGUCUUCAGAAAGUGACCGAAUGAUGAAACAACUUCUUCGUAAAGUUGGCAUUCUGCCGUAAAUAGUUUUCAUCUUGCUUCGUAAACAAACGCUAAUAUGCUGGCGUUAUAGUAUGACAUAAAAAAUGUCAUAUUGCUUUCGUUUUAGGAAUAUAUUCAUUUUCUAGAUUCGUCAGGACCCAAAAAGGACAUACUUCAUUGAAAUACUCCCUAUAUACCUAAAUGUCGCCAUUCCCUUUUGCGCAAAGUGGUAUAUGUCAGCGAGUGGUGACACUGUUCGUUAUCACACAUUCAGCGCUGUUUUCAAAUGCAUUAAUCAUGGGCGAGGUUGGAAUUUAUUGUGAUAUCAGGACAGUUGAUAGACUUGUCUGGCGUAUUCAUGUAUGCGCAUAUAAUAUCAAAAUACUCUGUCUGCUUACAGUUAAUGAUUUCGCUAUGCAAGCUUUUUUUCAUGGUGUAUUUAAGUCUUAAUUGUAUUUUCUCUUUUCAUUACUAUUCAUGGGUUCCUUGUCUUUGAAUUCCAUUAUUUUGCAUUACUUCAUUUGAAUCAACUAUCACAAUUGUAUGUUUAAUCAAUCCAUUAUGUAUUUUAUAUGUGUAUACACAAUUAUAAAGACCCAUACAUGUAUGCCAUCUAUUGCUUAUAUACACUAUACUUAAAGUUAUAACAUAUAAACUGGAAUUAUGCAAAUGACAAAAGAUGUUCAUAUAAUUUAUAACUGUAAAGACUUUUAUAGAGUUUCCAUAGUUCCAAGUUGGACAUGUGUUAAAACAAAUACAAAUAAUGGACAAAACAACACGAAUGUAAUGAACAUCGAA